UACUUUGUGAAGUGCCCCAAACCCAACACUCUGGAGAUCACGCACAUAUCUGAUGACCUAGGCCUGGAGAGAGAUGUAGUACGUGUGUGGUUCUGCAACCGUAGACAAAAGGGAAAACGUCUAGCAUUGCCCUUUGAUGACGAAUGCGCUGAAGCACAGUAUUACGAGCAGAGUCCACCACCUCCGCCCCACAUGGGUGGCACAGGCCUCCCAGGGCAAGGCUAUCCUGGACCAGCCCAUCCCGGAGGAGUCCCUGCCCUAUACAUGCCAUCCCUCCACCGACCGGAGGUCUUUAAAAACGCCCUGCACCCUGGACUGGUGGGUCACCUCACCAGCUAAAUUUUAUAGAAAUGCUCCAAGCCAAGCUAUGGAUCAAAUCGGUCAUAUGAUUUAUUUUGAUGUAAACAUUGCAUCUGUUUAUUUGGUUCUUUCCAUAUGUGCCUUGGGACGCUCUGAUUGCACACUAGCAGUCUGAUGGAUCAUUGCAUAAUGGGUGCCUUGUUCAACUAAUGUGUUUGCACAUGAAGCCAUAGGUUCAGAUAUGAUUUUUAUCAGUUUUUAUUACUUUUUGCUCCUGUAUCAAUUUGUAAUGUACAUAUGUUUGUUUUAUUGUUCAAUAUUUGAUGAUUCCCAAAGUAUAUUUCCAUAUUUGUCUCCGUACUUUGUAGUUUUUCUCCACCUUUCUGUGUGAACUGCCA